GGACUUUUCGAUUCCCUGUUCUAACUGGGGAGGGCGAAGGGGUGUGUAGGGAGGAGGGGACGACUGGGUUGGGACGCCCUUGGCUAAGGAACGGUUGAGAUUCGCCUGCCUCUUGGGGCUACCGCCCCCAAGUGCCGCAACUUUUUGUUCUCUGACCCAGUUCGGAGCCUUCUAGACCGCCCGUGAAAUGGAGGCUAGGAGAAACGUUUCCUUCCCAGGCCUUCCCCGCUUCUUAUCCCCAUGACUACCUCCAGGCGACCAUAACACAAGUACAGAACCUGACCUUACUUCUGGGGAGCAGUGGGCUUUGGGAACGAAAGGUUUAGAAGAAAGUGCCCUUCUGACUCCCGUGCCCAGCAUAGGCAAAAGACCAGACCAGGAAACAGUUCGAAUCGAAUCGUCGGAGGUUCCUGGUGUUGCGUCCUAAUCUGAGACUUCUAAACUGAAAGAAGACGCAAGCUGAGACCUGUUUGCUGUUGCUGAAGGGCACAAAUCAAGAGCCAUGCCUCCUAGCAAAGAGGCCAGCAGUCUUCACAGCUCACCAGCAGGGCUCAUCUGCCUGCCUCCAAUCUCUGAGGAGCUACAGCUGGUGUGGACCCAAGCGGCACAGACCAGUGAACUGGACAGCAACGAACACCUGCUGCAAACAUUCAGCUACUUCCCCUACCCCAGUCUAGCAGACAUUGCCCUUCUCUGCCUGCGUUACGGGCUGCAGAUGGAGAAAGUCAAGACAUGGUUCAUGGCCCAGCGCCUCCGCUGUGGCAUCAGCUGGUCGUCUGAAGAAAUAGAAGAGACCCGGGCGCGAGUGGUCUACCACCAGGACCAGCUCCACUUCAAAUCUCUCCUGUCUUUUACCCAUCAUGCAGUGCGGCCCCCAGAGGAGGUGCCAUCUUCUCAAAUGCCACCUCCAGAGCAAGGUGGCCUUGGAAUAGGUCCUCUGACUCCUAGUGAGCCCACCCAGAUAAAAGGACUGAAGGUCGAGCCUGAGGAGACCUCUCAGAAUCUGCCACUGCCACCGAGUCUCCAGAAAGCAAAGGAACCCCUCUUGACACCUGGCAGUGGAGCAUUCCCUCACCAACAAGAUUUUUGGCAGAAUCGUCAAAGUAGCAGCCUCUCCAAGGAGCAGGCAGGCAGGGGUCCCAACCACUCACACGGCGGGGGUACUGCUUCCUGGAACCACUCCCCAGCUGGUCCCCAGCCAUGCCCUCGGGAUAAACCUCCCCCAGUCUCAUCACUGGCCAGUAGUUGUAAGGAGAAGACUGAAACUGGUGUGACUCCUUCUUCUUCCUCUACCUCUUCCUCUUUCCAGGUCCUGGCUAAUGGAGCUACUGCUAGCCCUAAGCCCAUCCAGCCACAGGGCUGUGUCUCACAGUCACUCUCACCCAGUAAACAGGCACAACCUCCACAUAUGGAAGCAAGCUGGGCCCAAAGGCUACGGCCUAACUCACUAGCAGGUAGGGCCAGCCCCACAGGAUACCUUUCCCCCGAUAUGCAACGCCAGCGAAAGAUUAAGCGCAAAACCAAAGAGCAAUUGGCAAUCCUUAAAUCCUUUUUUCUACAGUGCCAGUGGGCACGGCGUGAGGAUUACCAUAAGUUAGAACAAAUCACAGGCUUACCUCGGCCUGAGAUCAUUCAGUGGUUUGGUGAUACACGCUAUGCCUUGAAGCAUGGGCAACUAAAAUGGUUUCGGGACAAUGCAGUGCCUGGUGCCCCUAGUUUCCAAGACCCGGCACCUCCCACACCACCAUCAACUCGAUCCUUGAAAGAAUGGGCCAAGACACCACCUCUGCCGGCACCCCCACCUCCACCGGAUAUACGACCCUUGGAGAAGUACUGGGCAGCCCACCAUCAGCUCUGGGAAACUGAUCUCCCUCAGCUGUGUCGGGCGUCAAGGCUGAGCACCCAGCAGGUGCGGGAUUGGUUUGACUCUCAAUUACGUGAGCCAGCAGAGGUGGUUGUUUGUUUAGAUGAAGAGGAGGAGGAGGAAGAAGAGCAAGAACUGCCAGAAGAUGGGGAGGAAGAGGAGGAGGAAGAGGAGGAGGAGGAUGACGAUGAUGAUGUGAUUAUACAGGACUGAGUGGAGGGGACUAAGGAAAGGGGAAGGUUUGUUACUAAAGGAUGAACAAUGAAUGACUUAGUAACUGUUUAUACAAAGAAACCACAUUUUAAAAAUUACUUUGUGGCAAAGAA